ACAGCACACGUGAAAUGAGGCAGUGGAACUAUAUCAUAUUUUUAAUUCUUUUAGUGCCACGUAUUCAGGCACAUGAGGAAAACAUUACCAAUUUAUUUCGAGAAAUCGACGAUUACUAUGGAACACUUAAGUGUUAUGAUGGCAUGAUCAAAGAACCAUUAGUUAUCGACGUAAAAGAAUUUCAAGACGAAAUAUUUGAUUUUUCAACGCUCGUGAAUGCAUAUGUCCGGUACAAUUUUCUAAAAACACUCCUUAAUGAUACCAAGUUUGCAAAGAGUUGCAUAAAUUUUAGUGCGUCAAAUGAUGGGAAAGCUAAGUUCCGAACAUUCGGUUUGAUCACAGAGAUUUGGAAAGAAAAACUGUGUUAUGUUUUACAUAUGCUAGAUCACUGUAUGUUAACACAGCCAAAUGUUAUCGAGGAAAUACAUAUACAUCCCCCACCGAUUGCCCCAAAACCUGAACAACAACAUGCAACUUGUACGCCCAUCGAGGAAUAUGUGCUACUUCCAAGUGGAAAAUUGGAAAAGCAAAAGCAACUGAAGUGCGUUUUUACCAACCAAACGAGCGUCAUAGUUCCAAUGGUAGAAUUGGAAAAUGAUUCAAAAACUCCAAAAAUUAUAACUGCGCCACCGGGAGGACGCGUCAACAUUAAUGGGAAGCCAGAGGUAAUGAUCAUUCAGGAUGUUAAGGUUAAUGUCGACUCAACUCGUAGACCUUAAAAUAAAUAUUAUUUAUUGUGGAGGUUGAGAAUGCAGCACAGCUUCUUUUAUAAUAUCCUAGAAAGCGAAAUAUAUAUUUAUUGAAGUGUCAGCAUC